UUAACAGUCGACUGUUAGAUUUACAUGUAAUCACAUUAAGUGAACAAGUUUAACUAAAAAAAUGGGUAAAAGAAAAAGUUGGGUGUGGGACUAUGCUAAGCGGGAAGGAGAUCGCGCCUUUUGUGAUCUAUGUCAUGCCAAUCAAAUGAAUACUCCUGUGUCGGUGGAACUAUUGGUUCUUUAAUCAGACAUUUGCAAAAUAUACAUCAAAUUAAGUCACCAAAAGAAUCCAUAGAAAAGAGGUCUAGUUUGGGAUCUAAACAUACAUCAAAUGUUUCCGAAGAAAUUAUAAGGUCAAGCAGUUCUGGAAGUUCCAUUAAUCAAGAUGAUGAUACAAUUCUUGUUAAUAACAAUACUAAAUCUUCCUCGAAUUCAAAAUCUAGAAAACGUCGUAUUUCUAAAAAAUUUGGGUCUGGUAGUGAUCGUGAAUGUAAUUAUGAAAAAACGGAAAAAAUUCACCAAGCACUAGCUUCAAACAAGAACAGCUAGGACUUCCGCACCAAUCAUUAGUGCAAUGUUGUAAGACACGAUGGAACUCAAUAUAUUAAAGUUAGACCGUCUUUCAAAAAACAGGAGUCCAGUUUCAAAUGUUUUGGCAGAAAGAACAAUCACAUCUUUAUUCAAUGCGCAAAAAUUAGAAAUAACUGAAUUUCAAUUGUUAAGAAUAGAAAAUCUUGUAAGUCUCCUCAAACCAUUAUAUGUUAUUACAAAUUUAUUUUGCUCCGAGAACUAUUCUCCAGCGUCAAUAGUAAGACCAUUACUAUCAAAAUUAUUGGAUCACCAUUUAAAUCAUAAUGCUUUAACUGAUGAUCAAUAUACCACUGAAUUUAAAUCUACAAUAAUAUUUGAAAUUAAAGAACGAUUCAAACUUGACUGCAGAGAAACGAAUUCUGUCACUGUCCGACAAAUUGCUUUUUUUCUAGAUCCUCGUUACAAAGAAUUAGACUUGCUACGAGAGAAAAAAUUCAUAAGGCUGUAAAGAGUUUGCUAGAAAAAUUUAACAGUAGCAUACAAAACAUUGAAUUCAAUUUGGAACAAAAUCCACUAGCUCAAAGCAGCGAUCUUCAAUUUUUAUAUGGAAAUACAAUAAUUAAAAACAAUAAUUUAACGACCCAGUUUCAAAUUUAUACAGCGGAACCUCAAUUACGUUUUAAUUUAAAUCUAUAUGAGUGGUGGAAAUCAAGGGAAAUCAAAUACCCAAAUCUUGCAGCAUUAGACAAGGAAUAUCUCGCUAUUCCUGCCACAUCAGUGAGCUCUGAGAGAUGCUUUUCCACUGCUGGAAAUAUAGUAACCUCAAA